AUGGCAACAAUAUCGUCGAGAGUUCAAAAUUAUGUGGCCUCGAUAAGAAUGCCAAAAGCUCAUAAAUCUAGGCCGGGAAUACCAUUUGAUCAAAGUAUAGAUAAUACGCCUGAUAGUAAUAUUGUUGACUACAAUAGUGGUCGUACGAGUAGUACAUCGUUUACAUCACCAUCACCAAUGUUAUAUGGAGGUAGUGGAGAUUCUGCUAAUCAAACAACAUUGGUAUUAAAUAACGAGUCAGAAAUUAAUUCACUCCCUGAAGAAGAAUUACGAGAAAGAUUCAAAACACUUAUGGAUGAUUUGUUUACUGGAAAUGAAACGAAAAAACGUACAUUUGAACAAAUGAGUGUGCAACAUAUGAGAGCAAUGCUAAUCUCACAUUCCAAUCUUGCAGCAAAUGAAAUGAGUGGCCAAAAUGCACCAGAAGUACAAAUCAAUUUUUUGAGUAAUAUCUCUAUCGACAAUAUUUCCAAACAUAGUAAAGAUGUUUUUGACAAAGUGGCAUUUUCGUUGAAAAAAUAUGGAUUAAAAUGGAGUAAGAUAUUUGGUGAAAAUGAUCGUGGACCAAAUGCAUUAAAAAUAAAUAACGAUAAUGAUCCAAGAAAAGAGAAAAUGAAUAAUUUAUAUGAUACAAUUGGAGCAGGAAUCGAAGCAUUCAAAAAUUAUUUAAAUUUAGGCUGGAAUUUUAAUUCAUUAAAAGAACGUUUAGCAAUGGAUAUAUCUGAACGUACAAUAAACGUAUUGAAUUUAUUAUACAAUGAAAAAGAUGAACGUUUGACAAAAACAAAACAUAGUUGUGCUAUUGUUUUGUUUACAUUAGCGAUGCCAAAUGAGUCAAAUCCUUCCAAUGGCCAAAAUAUAGCAUCACUAUUAGCUAUAUCAGCUCGAAAGUGGUGUAUUAAACGGGAACGUUUUGCGUGUUUAGUUGACGGUUUAGAUAAUACAAUUGACAUUGCCGGUGAUUAUUUGAUGUGUAUUAACGCUAUAUUUGUGACAUUAUCAACAGAACAUCGAUAUCAUCUUAGAAGUGAAUUAUUUCGAUCUGGUUUUAAACAACGUUUUGAAGAAUUACAAAAGAAAAUUGAUGAAUGCUCUGAUCUCAAACAUAAAGAAAAUUCAGUGACACAAGUUGAUUUAUUUUAUAAAAAAAUUGACGAAGAUUAUCAAUCAAUGCAUAUAAAACUUGAUUUUAUUUCCGGAUCUUGGUCAGAUGCCCACGCUUGUUUUGAGUAUUUUUAUCAAUUAGUUCAGGGAACAACAUCAGAACAUGUUUUAUCAAGCAUAUUAAAUCGUUUAAUUUGUAUUAGAGAUGAUCCAGCAAUUAGACACGCUUAUCUGAAAUUGAUUGAUGAACGUAUAACAAAAAUUGUUUUUUCAAAAAAAGCACGUGAUCCAGAUUUUGACACAUGGUCUCUUAACAGCGAAGCAGAUUCUGGGGUCAGUGAUCCAUCGUCAAUUAGAAUAGACGGUUCAUUAAGUGAUAUAUCGCAUACGAUAAGCGCACCGUCAAGCGUUUUAUCAGCUGAAAAUGAUGUUAAUAUUGCACUAUUAAAAGGACGAAUUGAACAUUUAGAAGAAAAUAAUGAAAAAUUAAAUAAGGUUAUUGAGUCAUUGAUAAAAAAUGUUGACGAGGAAACAACAAAAAAUAUUAAAAAACAGUACAGUGAUAUAUUCAAAGACCCUCACCAAGUAACAAUUCCAAAUGAUCUUCAACCACCGACCAAUAUACCACCGCCACUCCCCUCUUCCUUGUCUGUACCAAACAAUAUUCCAGUAGCACCCUCCUGUCCAUUACCUGGUCCGACCAAUAUUCCACCUCCACCUCCGUUUCCAGGCUCAAUUCCAAAUGCUCCUCCUCCACCAGGAAUGAACGGACCUCAAGCACCGCUAGGUAUUCCCCCAGCUCCUUCCAUGCCAGACACUCAAAAUAUUCCUCCUCCGCCACCUCCACCCCAUGGUAUGGGGAUUCCACCGCCUCCUCCGUUUCCGGGUGGAAGUAUUCCACCGCCUCCUCCGUUUCCGGGUGGAAGUAUUCCACCGCCUCCUCCUUUUCCAGAUGGAAGCGUUCCACCGCCUCCUCCUUUUCCAGAUGGAAGCGUUCCACCACCUCCUCCGUUUCCGGGUGGAGGCAUUCCACCGCCUCCUCCUUUUCCAGGUGGAAGCGUUCCACCACCUCCCCCUUUUCCAGGUGGAGGCAUUCCACCACCUCCUCCUUUUGUGGGUGGAGGCGUUCCGCCGCCACCUCCUGGAAUGACCGUUGCGUUAGGUCCACCUCCAUUACCCGAAUAUUUACCGAAAAAACAAAAGUAUGUUGUAGGUGAAACCGUAAAAAAAGUUAAUUGGGAUAAAGUUAAUCCACAUGAAAUAAAAAAGGAGUCAUUAUGGGCCAAUAUUGAUGAGAAAAAAUAUCAAGAUAAAACAUUUUUCUCGUCAUUAAAAGAAAAUUUUGCGACCAAAUCUGUACCAGGCAAAGGGCCAAAUAUAGAUUUAAACGAGAACGAAACAACAAAAAAAACGAAAGAAUUUCAUGUGCUUGAUGCUCAUGCUGGACGAAACUUUGCUAUCAUGUUUAGUCAACUCAGAUCAACUCCACAACAAUUUCGUCAAUGGUUAAUGUCUUGUGAUAGCGAACAUUUGACAAGUGAUUUAUUAGCUCAACUGGACAAAUCAUUACCAACACCAGAAGAAUUAAAAAAAUUAUCAGAAUUAAAAAAUGAAAUAAAUGAUCUGCCAGAUUCGGAACAAUACUUUUGUGCUGUUAGUGAUAUUAAACGUUUACCACAACGAAUUAAGACUCUUUUGUUUAAAGCUCGUUAUAAAGAACAAUUAGAAGAUACAGAAAAGCAUCUGGUUGCUGGACGUCAAGCGUGUGAAGCUGUGCGAAAAUCUCAACGAUUUCAUAAAAUGCUUGAACUCAUUCUAACAAUUGGAAACUACAUGAAUUCAAGCGCCAAAUCAUAUGAACCUAUUUAUGGUUUUGAUAUAAAAUUUCUGCCAAGGUUGCAUACAACCAAAUCGAAUGAUGGAAAACGGACAUUAUUACAUUUUAUAGCACAAGAAGUUGAAAAAGAUCAUCCAGAUUUAUUGAAGUUUCCGGAAGAAUUUCAAGGUCUUUCUGAAGUCGCAUCAAAAAUUGAUAUAAACGAUUUACAAAAAAUAUUACAAGAAGUCAAAUCACGUGUGAACAGUGCUCAACUGGAUUUAGACAAUAGUAAAAACUCACCUACACAAGAUCCAAAUGAUCGUUUUGUUGAUGCAAUGGAGGUUGGUUUUGUUAAACGUGCUACCGAUGAUGUCCAACGUCUGGAACAAUUGAAUGUCAAAAUGAUGAGUGCCUAUCAAGAUUUAUGUGAUUUUCUAACAAUGGAUGGAAAAAAAUAUAGUUUGAAUGAAUUUUUUGCCGAUUUAAAAUCAUUUUGUACAGUAUUUUCUGCAUGUGUACAAGAAAAUCGAUUAUGGCGUGAGCAAGAAGAGAAACUUCGUCGUGCUCAAAUGACUAAACAAAUUAUUGAUGAAGGAAAAAAACGACAGCGAAAUGAAAAUAAAAAUGAACAAAAUACAUACUUCAAACCGUCAGAUGAAGACGUUGAUGUUGUAUCAAAUUUACGAUCAGCAUUAAAAGACUCAAAUCUCUCGAAUCCUCAACGAAGACGACGACCGGGUGCAGGUAAAGCAAAACUGUCACAAAAUCACACAUUGAAAUCAAAUGAAAAUGUCUCGUCUCAGCGAAAGCAACCCGAUGAAAAUGGUAUAACAAUACUGACGAUAUUAAAGAAUCGAAACUAUGUUUAA